AUGAAUAACAAGGGCGCCCCUACGAUGCCACGAGCGGCGUCGAGUAACAUGGCGAUGAACAUGUCAACCACCGCAAUUAAAUCGCAAAAAGUGGAUGAGGCCGCGGAAACACAAUCAAGCAAAGAAAACGAAUCAUCUGGGUACAAGAGCCCUCCAAAUGGCAAACCCUCAACAGCAAGCCAGGCGGCGAUGAACAUGCAGCGCGACACAACCCGUCGAAAGGAGAUAUCGUUCAAUAUGGAACGAAUCCAGAUGGCAGAAAAACUUGGAAACGAACGCAACUUGUGUAUCGCUCUAGACAAGCGCGUCACGGACUUAGUGAACGAACUAGCCAGCCUCAAGUCCAAAAACAAAGUUCUUGAAGCCGAAUGCGAAGCACUUCGUUCGCAGCUCAAUGACGUAACGAAGCAGCUAGAGGCUCGAACUUCCCAUGCGAGGGAGGCGGUGUUGACUAUGCAAAAAAAGAUUGUCCGAUUAGAAAUCACGCUUGCGUUAACAGAACAAUCUCUUGAACAGUCGAAGCUAAGCCAAGACGAACUUAAGGAAGCUCACCGCGAAGCUAUCGAGAGCUCCACCUCCCAAGCCGACCAGAGAGACAGGGAAUUAGAGGCGAUGCGAGAUAAACUCCAUGAUCUUCAAGUUACGUACGAAGAGGCGCAGGAAAAGCAUAAGUUAGAGAGCGAAGCCAGUGAGAUCGCCCUUGAAGAAAUUCGGAUUGAGUUGGAUGAUGCGAAAGUCGCCAAUUCCAACUUGCAGAACUCACACGAGUUACGUGAGCGCAACCUACAGCAACGUCUCACUUCGAGAGGUAAUGAGGCUAAGGACCUCAAGCGAGAAGUCAGUAGUCUAACGGCUGCCCGCGCGGAGGCUGUGUCGAAGAAACAGGCUGCAGAAUACCAACUUCGAGAGAGAGCUGAGGACCAAGUUAGAAGGGAGGAAGAGUUACAAGAGAACCACAAGGAGACCCAAGCAGAUCUCGCGAAAGUACGGGAGGACUUGCGCAAACUACAGAAGUCUACCGAGUCUUUUCCCCAGAUGGUGGUUAUAUGCGUCGACGUCAGUGGAAGCCUCUCCUCAAACAUCCAUGAGGUGAAGCAAAUCUACAGAGAUGUCCUACACAAAGUCGUGUCGAAUAACAAAGAAGCCGAAGUUGCAGUCGUGAUCCACGGGGCCCGGUCCCAGAACGACGGGCUCCCUGCCCGAAAGAUUUCCGAUGAGACAUUCCGAUUCUUGGACUUCGUCAUUAUCGGAGGCAAUGAGGAUUAUACAUACUGCAUUAAAAAAGCUAAUGAACUUUUCGAACCUGUUCCCGACAGCCAGAAACUUGUCAUAUUAAUUGGAGACGGGGACGCCAUGUACUCGAAUAGGACCACGCUUGUUAAAGAAUGCGAGCGCUUAAAAUCUUCACGGAUACUAGCACACUCGAUGAUUAUGCUAUCUAAUCACCGUCUUCGCUAUUCAACAGAUUUCGACAUGGUAAAAAUUUCGAAUCUGAUUGGCGGUCGGACCGAGUGGAAGGAUACAUACUUGUCUGCUCUUGAUGAAAUUCUUCUCCACGAGCGCGAACAGUAUUUCAAGGCCUCCUAA